GACGAUGGGUGGUUCGAAGAGCAGCUUGAAAGAUGAUCUCAAAUGGUCUUUCUCUUUGAAUAGUGUAUUGCAUGCAGAAACGAGUGAAUUCCAAGACAUAGCUCUUUUGGAUACAAAGCGGUUCGGAAAGGUUCUGCUGAUUGAUGGGAAGAUGCAAAGUGCUGAAAAAGACGAGUUUGUUUACCACGAGUGCUUGGUCCACCCUGCUCUCUUGAUCCAUGACAAUCCAAAAACUGUUUAUAUAAUGGGAGGCGGAGAAGGGUCUACGGCAAGAGAGGCACUAAAGCACAAGGAUGUACAGAAAGUUGUCAUGUGUGACAUUGACAGCGUGGUGGUUCAAUUCUGCCGUGCACAAAUGACGGCAAAUCAGGAGGCGUUUUGUGACGAAAGGCUUCAUAUUGCAAUUAAUGAUGCCAAGGAUGAGUUAGAGAAGAGUGAAGAGAAGUUUGACGUGAUAAUAGGAGAUUUGGCAGAUCCACUUGAAGGAGGGCCUUGCAAUGAACUUUACACGAAAUCCUUCUAUGAGCGAGUGCUAAAGCCUAAGCUCAACCCCAACGGUAUCUUUGUCACACAAGCUGGUCCAGCGGGAAUUCUUUCACACACGCAGAUCUUUACAUCAAUAUACAACACCAUAAAACAUGUCUUCAAAAAUGUGAUUGCGUAUACAGCUCACGUACCAUCCUACGCAGAUUCUUGUGGAUGGGUUUUGGCUUCAGACGAACCACUGAAGCUGAAUGUUGGACAACUCCACAAAAGAAUACAAGAAAGGAUCAAGGAUGAGCUACACUAUUUAGAUGGCGCUUCAAUCGUUUCAUCCACCGUUUUAAACAAGAUUCUUCAGAAAUCUCUUUUGGAGGAAACUCAUGUUAUUACGGAAGAAAAUGCAAGGUUCAUCCAUGGACAUGGACUGGCGUCUGACAAGGCAUAA